UGUACAGACCACCGACGACUAGUGCGAAUGCUAUUCCGACUGGUAAUGUUUUGUUGGCAUUACCCGCUCCAAAUGAUGUUUCGACCACCGUUGCUCACGCCUCGGUUAGUAACCAGGUGAUGUCGAAUACCGGUUAUCAGCAACAGGCAAGGCCUGGAUGGUGGAAGGCGAAUCAAGACCGUCUCGACAAAUGUUGGGGGAAGCAUUUGGAGGAUGAGCAGAAGGAGAAAAGGCGAAAAGAGGAAGAGGAGAAGGCGAGUAAGCUUAAGGAAGAGGAAGAUCGUAAGAUGGAGUGGAAACGUGAAAGGGGGCUGUUCGAGCGGGAGAUGGGUGAGCGAUUGGAUAAGAGAAUGGAGUUAUUAGGGCUCUCGAACAAAGACAAGACUGUUGUAUGUGACAAGGGCGGCAACAGCCAGAUGGAUGCAGAAUUGACGCGACUAAGAUCAGAGAAUGAGGCGCUUAGAAAGAGGUUGGAAGGAGCUGAUUGCUCACAAGGGGAUGACAAGGUUACCUGUCUGCAACGGGAACUAGCGGAGCUGCGGAGGCAGGUGAUGAGUAAGCAGACGGAUGGCGAUAAGAUUUAUGCGUUGAAGCAGGAGAUUGAGGAAUUGAGGGGUACAGCAUACGUGAAGACCAAUUUCGAGGCUGAAAUUGUCGGGCUUCGAAUGGAAAUCGAUAUGCUGCGGAAACAGAGCACGCGAGCGGAGGAGGAAGCUAUGAUUUGGAAAAAUGAAGCUCUACGUCCAGGAAAUAAGCGCGGGAACGUCGCGGUCUCUACUCCGGAAUGUUCUAAUCGAGGGACCCCGAAGCCGCGCUGGACUAACAACAUCAGACCGACUGACAAAUGGAGAGAGGAGCUUCGUAAACUUCAAGGGAGCCAACAUGCGUCGAACGUUGAGGUGGCGAUGCUGAAGGAAAAACGAGCUGAGGCAGAAAAGAAACGAAUGGAGGCAGAGAUGCAAGUUAAGAGUCUGCAAGAGAAGUUAAGCAAACUGACUGUUGAAGAUGACGACAAAGAACCAGCGGCGGGACGAACCAAUUUGAAGGAGCCUUUAGAGGCGGUGACCAUGAGAUCGGCCAGGAAGGGUAAGAAGGCUACUCCUGGGAGAUGUGGUCAGAGUACCGACGAGAACCAGGAUAAGGGGCUGGAAGUGAACGAUCGUUAUGCUUUUGUUGAGAAUGAGAAGAAGAAGUUGCGUUUGUUAAGGAAAUCGGGGCUGGAGCCCUUUUGUAAGGAAGCUGGGAUUAAGCUUGGUCGUGUUGAAGAAACAAUCAACGAACUGGCAGAGUACCGGGCUAAUAAGGUGUUUGGUAAGGAGGCGGAUAAAGGGAAGAGAGCGAGAGCGGGAGGGGAAAGCUCGGUGCAUGUCGUUGAGGACGACGAGACGCAGGCCACUUCCGAUGGUCCGAACGACACGGUUGAGAGAAGUGUGGAGCUCUAGGGGGACGUCCCGAGCGUGGCAUAUUUAUGGUCGCUAGCUAACGAUUGUCGGUAUAAACGAUGUGGAGUUAACCUUGUUUCGUC